UUCCGGACUUGGGUGCUGGGCGGUUCUGAUUUUUGAGCGUAGAGUCGUCCUCAGGGAAGGGAGCACCCCGAUCUGCUCGCAGAGCAACCUCGCCGUCAGCUCCCCAUUCCCGCAGCCGGAACCAGCCAUGCUCAGCAGUCAGGUGUCUUUCUUCCCCAUGGUCCACUUCAUCCUCUUUGUCUUCACGGCUUCCACUAUAUUUCACCUUCAGCAGCGGCUAGCGAAGAUUCAACCCACGUGGGAGUUUGAGACACUGGUUUUGGCGCCGACAGAAAGCUCCACGAGCCCCCCACUCAGGGGAAUGUGGACGAUCAAUGCAAUUGGCCGCCUGGGGAACCAGAUGGGUGAGUACGCCACCCUGUACGCCCUGGCCAAGAUGAAUGGGCGGCCGGCCUUCAUCCCGGCCGAGAUGCACAGCACGCUGGCCCCCAUCUUCAGAAUCACCCUCCCCGUCUUGCACGGCACCACGGCCAGCAGCAUCCCGUGGCAGAACUACCCCCUGAACGACUGGAUGGAGGAGGAGUACCGCCACAUCCCGGGGGAGUACGUGCGCCUCACCGGCUACCCCUGCUCCUGGACCUUCUACCACCACCUCCGCAAUGAGAUCUUGCGGGAGUUCACCCUGCACGACCACGUGCGGGAGGAGGCUCAGAAGUUUCUGCGGGGCCUGCAGGUGAACGGAAGACAGCCGGGCACCUUCGUGGGGGUCCAUGUGCGCCGGGGGGACUACGUGCAGGUCAUGCCAAACGUGUGGAAGGGCGUGGUUGCCGACCAGCGGUACCUAGAGCAGGCUCUGGACUGGUUCCGGACUCGCUACAACUCUCCCAUCUUUGUGGUCAGCAGCAAUGGCAUGGCCUGGUGUCGGGCGAACAUCAACUCCUCCCGCGGUGAUGUGGUGUUCGCGGGCAAUGGCAUCGAGAGCUCACCAGCCAAGGAUUUUGCAUUGCUCACCCAGUGCAACCACACCAUCAUGACCAUUGGGACAUUCGGGAUCUGGGCUGCCUACCUUGCCGGUGGAGAGACCAUCUACCUGGCCAAUUACACGCUGCCCGACUCCCCCUUCCUCAAAAUCUUUAAGCCAGAGGCAGCCUUCCUGCCGGAGUGGGUGGGCAUCGCAGCUGACCUCUCCCCACUACUCAAGCACUGAUGUUAGCCGCGCUUGGCACCUCCUCCUUUGCUGGUAUUGUUACUUGUACCAGGACACUACCCACUGGCAUCAUAAUGCUUUGGGCAGCAAGUAACAGAAGUCACAACUGACUUGUUUAAAUAACGUAUUUAUUUUUUUUUGUUUGGUUUUUGUUUGUUUUUUGUUUGUUUGUUUUUGUUUUGUGACUCUGCUGGGACCUGAAAUAACAUAUUUAUGUGUUUUACACAAGACUGGAGGCAGUGGACCUCUGGGGUUAGUUAAGUUAGCCGCCAAGCAGUGUCAUUGGUGACUCCAGUUCCAUCCAGGUUGUUCAACUGCCAUCAGCUCUCAGACCAGCUGGCUCCCUCAUGGUCCAAAAGGGCUGCCACAUAGCCAGGUGUCACAUGCAAACAAUCUCUUCACGAAGCAACAACAACAAAAAAGGUUCGUUCUUGCAUCCCUUUAGAAGAGUGAGGGAAAGAUUCCAAAGCCCUCCAGCAACUGCCUCCCACACAUACAUAUCUCAUUGACUGGAAGUGUCUCACAUGCCCACAUUACCCAUUAUAAGCCAAAGGGAAUAAGACCCUGGCAUUGGCUCAGCUUCAGAUCAAUAAAUCUUUGCCCCCUUCA